AUGGCAUCGGACGGGGACCUGGGAGAUCUCUUGGCCAAGGCCCUCCCCUUCGGGGCCGAGCUCACUGUCCGCCAUGUCUCAUCCACUCCCGCCCCCUCGCCAGCUCUCUUUGCUGCUCCUCCCGGUCGGGAACCGGAGCAAACAUUCCUUGAAAGUCACUUUUUGUCGGCCUCAAUUGACUCCCCGAAACAUGACGGGACAGAGAUCAUUGUCUUCGGGAUGGAGGUUCUGGUGUAUACCACGGCCUACUUGACCACCAUCUUUGUCUCCAAGGCCGACUCGACCGGAUUUCUUCACCUACUCCAGCUGCCCCAGAAAGUAUCGGUUCUGAGGCUGAUCUCAAACACGUUUUUAUCAUAUUUGGCACGCAAACAUCAACGCCCCGGUGUACGCCUGGUCGUGUCCUUGUUUGCGCGAGCCCAGAACCAGUACCUGUUCCCGGGUAGUAUCGAAAAUGCCGAAAAGCACGUCCUCGAUGACCGGGGUCUGAUCAAAUGGUGGUGUCGUGCCGUGGAUCCAAUUAUCCGCGAGUAUGAGCCUGAAUCAGUCUCAAAAGACCCGAAGCUUCUGAACCAGACAGUCGAGGCGACCCAGGCUUCCGCGACCGCGUACUUGAUCGUUCCGGGUUGUGAUCGCUUCGAGACACGCAACUUUUUCCCUGCCACGGCCAAAUCCGAUGCGCAGGGUCACCCGCGAUGGCUCAACGGCUAUCCUCUUCAACAGAUAUGCCAUGACCCCUCAGCUCCACCGCGCUGCUUGGUUCCCCGUCUCCCGGAUGACCCCAAGACCCGGUUUCUAAUUGACUUGGAUGAUGAACUUCCUGAGCCUGCAGAAGGGGACAAUACAACGCCUGGCACCGGCCAAUGGAAAAGUGUCAAGUCGUUGGAUCAGUUUUGGGAAAUGAUGUCGUUCCGGCAGGAGUGCGCUGCCGGUCGGCUGGUAGGAUUCCUCUGGCUGGUCAUUAACCCACCGGGUCUGAUGAACUCGACAACCAUGGCUAGUCGGACUCGUGGCUCUACUGCCACAAAAGAGGCUGCCUCUCCGGUUGUCCCCGGCCAAGCUCAGUCGGAGGAUGGGCCCGAGCAGCCCAAGGCGGAGCUAUCAUCAGAAGCCCGCGAGAAAACUGCGGAGAAGGAAAAGUCUGCAGAGCCUCAAGCGGAACCAGCGCCUUAUUUCGAUUGCCCGCCAACGGAGCCUGUUCCUUUUCCUGCAUUUACAGAGACCAGCCCCUUCUACUGGCCCGAAGCCGUGCGAGGGAACGUCAUUCUUAGCGAGGUCGAUUACAAGAAGAUGAUGGAUGGGAUCUUGGAUCAUUUCUACGAUGAAAACGACAUUGUCGCCAGCACCAAAGCGUAUGUUGACCAGGUCGCCAUCCUCGCCGACGAACUUACUUGGGGCAAGCGGGUAGUCGGCACCCACAUCCCACAGAGUACCUCGUCGGAGUCUGCGCCGGUCAACAAUCUUCUCGAUAACGGCUUGGUCCGUAAGCGAAAGAAGUCCGAGGGUGAGGGUAGCAAGGCAACCACCCAGGGAGGCUCAGCACAGCCGAGCGGGCUGGACGACACGCAAGCUGCUCCAUCGCAGCCAGCGCCGGUCAACAUGCUCAAUGCCGGUCUCAUUCGGAAGAAGAAGAAGAAGACAUAA